AUGAAGGCUCUCUCCUACCUCAGUUAUGCCCUUCUGGCAUGCAUCCCCCUGGCCGAAGCUCACCCCGGCAUGGGCGACACCAUGGCCGAAAUGCGCUACCUAGCCGCUCGCGAGAAGCGCCAGACUUCUAAAGAACUUAUUGGCGAUCUCAAGACCCUCGCAGAUUCUAAGCUCACAGCUAUCGGAAAAGACAUCAAAGCCAUUAUUCUGGACCAGAAGUCUGCCGAGUCCACCGUCAUGGACACAUCGAUCCCAGUUGGCAACAUCGGAAGUGCAGCCUGCAAAGCUGAUUUGUGUUGUCACUGGAAAUGGCUCGCAUAUGAGAUGACAGCCAAGUUCAACGGUACCUCUGGUCGUUGCAAUAAAUUCGCUCGCCAGGCUGUGCGUCUGGGCUUUCACGAUGCAGGUGUCUGGUCGAAGAGCAGCGGCUACGGUGGUGCGGACGGCAGUAUUCUUCUUAGCGAUGAAAUGUCGAGAAUAGACAACAAUGGUCUUGCAGCCAUCGCCGACCAGACAAAGAAGUGGUACACUAAAUACAAUCAGUACGGAAUGAGCAUGGCAGACAUCAUUCAGUUCGGCGCCAAUGUCGCGACUGUCGUUUGCCCGCUCGGCCCCCGUCUCCGCACCUUCGUUGGCCGCAAAGACAACAGCAAAGCGGGCCCCACUGGGCUUUUGCCUGGAGAGAAGGACUCGGCAGAUCAGCUCAUCAAAAUGUUCCAAGACAAGACCAUCGACGCCCAUGACCUUGUAGCCCUGGUAGGCGCACACACCACGUCGCAGCAGCACUUUGUCGACACCACUCGCGACGGCGACCCACAAGACUCGACACCCGGUGUAUGGGAUAUGGCCUUCUACCCUCAGACCACCAACAACGCCCCGCCUCGUGUCCUCAAGUUCCAAAGCGAUAUCAAUUUGAGCAAGGACUCGAGGACAAGUACAUCCUGGGCGCAGUUCAGCGACAGGGCUACUGCACAAGGAAGAUGGAACGCGGACUAUGCCAAAGCCUACACGCGUCUGUCGUUGCUCGGUGUCAACAACAUCAAUGAUCUCAAGGAAUGCACCGGUGUCCUGCCUGCCGAGCGUACAUCAUUCGUUAACCAAGACCAAAUCGUGCUGGAUAGGUGGCUGCAAGGAGAGUUCAAUCAGCUCAAUAACUUGGUGGAUGAUGCUAUUCAGCUGACUGGUGUCAUUUCGGGUAGGGAUGCGGAACCGUAG